CAGUAAUGUCAAGCAGAAUGGAGGAGAUCUCUGAUUAUUUCAGUGAAAAGCUUCAGCGAGCGCGUUCAGACAGCGCUGCGAGCAGCAGCACACAGUCUACCAGCAGCCGACAGCAUGUGCGACAGCGUCUGGCGAUGCUCUUGACCUGUGUGGAUGAUCUGGACACCGAUCAUAAGCUUCACUCUCAGGUGGCAAAAACCUUAGAUGAGGCUUUUUUCGUCUGCAGGCAGAUUGCGGGCCGACCUAAGAAAGACCGCUUCAGGCUGUAUGUGGUCACGUGGAAUGUGGCCACAGCUGAGCCUCCAGAUGAUGUGAACGCUCUGCUUCAGCUCAACUCCCCAAAGAAACCUGACCUCUAUGUGAUUGGUCUGCAGGAGGUCAGGGCUGCGCCUCUGAAGUUUGUGUCAGAUUUGGCCUUUGAGGACUCCUGGAGUCACCUCUUCAUGGACACUCUCGCCCCGUUGGAUUAUAUAAAGGUGUCCUCCAUCCGGAUGCAGGGUCUACUUUUGCUUUUCUUUUCCAAACUGGAGCACGUUCCCUUCAUCAGAGACAUUCAGGUCACUUACACCCGCACAGGACUCUACGGCUACUGGGGUAAUAAAGGAGGAGUGACCAUCCGUCUGUCCUUCUACGGGCACAUGCUGUGUUUCCUGAACUGCCACCUGACGGCCCACAUGAACUACGCCUCUCAGAGAGUCGAUGAGUUUGAGCAUAUUCUAGACGCUCAGAACUUUAACACCAAAAAUACGCCGCACGUUUUGGACCACAAGGUGGUGUUCUGGUUCGGGGACCUGAAUUUUCGUAUCGAGGACCAUGGUAUGCUCUUUGUAAGGAACUGCAUCACCAGCCAGCGUUUCAAUCUGCUUUGGCCUAAAGAUCAGCUCACCAUGAUGAAACAGAAGGAAGUUAUUUUGCAGAAGUUUGAAGAGGGACCGCUGGACUUUCAGCCCACCUACAAAUUUGACUUGAACUCAGACAACUAUGACACAAGUGGUAAGAAACGCAAACCUGCGUGGUGUGACAGGAUUCUCUGGAGAGUAAAGCCCAAAACCUCAUUGACAAAAGAUACCACUGAAGAAGAGCCAGAAAAACAACAGCAGGAGGAACGUGAGGACGAGUUUCCCCUGAAAAUGACCCAAGAGUAUUACACAAGUAAAAUGGAGUAUGGCAUUAGUGACCAUAAGCCUGUCAUCGGCAUCUUCCGCUUGGAGUUGAGAAAGAUGUACGAGACACCACUGGUUCAGCUGUUUGCUGAAGGAGAGUGGAGUGCAGACUUUGACGCAGUUAUAACCUACAGGCUUCUUCAGGCCUUCGCCUCCAGCGCCUGGGACUGGAUUGGGUUAUAUAAGGUUGGCUUUAAGAGUGUUUCUGACUACAUCACGUAUGCAUGGGUGAAGGAUGACCAGGUGUCUUUCAAUGAGGAGCUCUUUCAGGUUUAUAUGAACAAAGAUGAAAUUCCAGUUCUGGGGGGAGAGUGUGUGCUGUGUUAUUACAGCAGCAACCUGCAGUGUAUUGUGGGAAUAAGUCAACCUUUCAAGGUGCAGGAAUCCAGAGCGGCGAUUGAAGAGGGUUUAGUGCCUGAAAAUAUCAAUGGCCUUGAUGAAGCUCUAGCCAGUUAAGACCAAGUUCAGUACACAUUGUUUCAUACACUCUGGAGUGAUCAGGCUCUGAUGUCAAACCAAACAUACCUGCGAAAUCAAGGAAGCGCAGUUUUAAUCCAGAAUUGACUGAUUUGUGAUGCAGGGUAUAAAAUGUUUUUUUCCCUAUUUUUUUUUUUGUAAUCAUAGCCAGUUUAUUUUAAAUCGCAGCCAGUUUGUGGGGCCAGUCCCAAUUAGAUUGUGCUAUUUAAAGCAAGUGCAUUUACAUUACUGUAAUUAUUAAAAAGGAUUCAAGAACAGUUGGUAUGAUUUAAGAAACGCAUACCAGUAAUGUAUUUAAUUAUGAUAUAUAAUUAUUUUGUUAUCUAAUUUACUCCACAGCCUUACGAUUACAACACUCUCUUAAGCAUUUAUUUUUUAAACAAAUGUUUUAUAGCUGCUGUACACUGUCACUUCUGAUGUUGUCCUUGUUUUUUCAUUCCGUUAAACCUUAACAUGGACUGUUACACUGUCAAAUAAGGCUUCAUUUGCACAAUUUCAUUGAGUACUUAUGGCACAUGUUUACUUUAUGUGGAGCUAUUUAUGUCUAAAUCAUACUGAAGUGGUGUUAUUAUAUUAUGUGCAUUAUUGUGUGUGAAUAACUGAAGGAUGCCCUGAAAUCAUAUAGUUUGACCAAGUGUAUUUUUGUGGUCAGUAAAAUUCUAAAUUACUUUCAUGUUUAUGCAACAGGUUAGGCCUAUGAGCCUGUGUGUUUUUGUUGAACCAAAUAAGUCAUAUAUUGGCUGAAUGUGUUUUUGUUUAAAAGUUAGAGUGAUGAAAAUGUAUAAAUGGAAUAUAUUUGUAUCAAAUUAUACUGUAUAAAAGGUAAAAGACUGUAACAAAUCUAAAUUUCUCUGUAAGGAAGAGCUUUUUAUUAUUUUGUAAGCAGCAUACUGAUG